GCGGCCCGCGGCUGUGGGCGCGGCGAGACGCCGGAUCCCCGGUGUCGGUGUCACGCUCCGCGGGCCUUACCCCACAUUAUUUUUUUGCUGUCCAUUCCUUCCUCACUUCUUGUCCAAGGACUCCCCCCACUAGGCGCGGAUUGAUCGGGGGGGGGGGGGGUGUGCUGGGGUCGGGACCCCGAGGAAGGGGAUUAGACCCUUGCGGAGCGGACCGGGUGUACAGCGGCGAAGAGCGGCGCUACGGAAUCUCUGCGCCGCAGCCGCCGCCGCCGCAGCGUGGGUCCUGCCCCGCCCGCCCGCGGUUGCUCGAAUCCGGCGGCCUGGCCAGGACACCCCUUAUUGCUGUCAGACUUGGAAUGGGCAACAUGCAGGGUGGGUCUGUAAUGGUGCAGUUGGCAACGGGGGUGCAGGCGUGCCCGGUGGAACUUCUCCGUCAGCGUCGCACGUAUAAUGGUUUGGUGGAAUACCUGAUCCGCUGGCAUGUUUCUUCGGCCGAGGAGAACGGGGGCUGUGGCGGUGGCGGCAGCCCGGUGGCUUGCAGCUCUGCCAGCGAUCCCGCUGGCAAGUCCGAGAACAUCCUCAUGUGGAUGAGCGAAGAGGAGGUUUGCGCCUGCUGCGGUGGCUUGCUAGGGAACCGCAAGCCCGAGGGAACCUGGGGAGGCUGGGUCAAGGCGGACAUGAACAGCAGCAGCGACGACUCUAAAAGCAGGAUUGAGAAUGACGUGCAUGCGGCAACCACCGGGACUGGCCAUCGAAACACUUUGGGAGAAACGGGCCUGGAGGACCAGGAGUUUGCAUUGAUGAAGGGGGAUGUGCAGAAGCUGGUGCAAAGGGCACGGCGGCAGGUGGAGCGGGCGCCGGGCCCCGAAGCUACGCAUAACAUCUCGCACAUCAUCCACGUGCUGAGCGCCUACGCCUCCAUUGGGCCACUGGCUGGAGUCUUCAAGGAGGCCGGGGCUCUUGACUUGCUCAUGGAGCUCCUGUGCAACAAUGAGACGCAGACUCGCCGCAGUGCCGGGCGCAUGCUGCGCGCACUCGCGUCACAUGAUGCAGGAAGCCGGGCGUACGUGCUGCUCUCCCUCAGCCAGCAGGAUGGCAUCGAGCAGCACAUGGACUUUGACAACCGCUUCACACUACUGGAGCUCUUUGCUGAAACGACCUCAUCGGAAGAGCAUGGCAUGUCGUUUGAAGGCAUCCACCUCCCACAGAUUCCCGGGAAGCUGCUGUUCUCGCUGGUGAAGCGCUACCUGUGCGUGACGUCGCUCAUGGACCGCCUGAACAACUGCGACGGUCACGCCGACAAGGAGGACACGAGCCACGGCGCCGAGGAGCGGCUGUGGCUGCAGCGCAAGUUCGAGUUCACCAUGGCCAUGGCCAACCUGAUCGUUGAACUCGUGAAGAUCCUCGGCUGGGACUGCUCCCGCGAGGAGCGGCAGUCGGAGGAGCACUCGGACGGCACCAUCCCGCCCCGGGGCCCGCACCGUUCCAUCUUCCAGGCACCACCCGCCCGGAGCACUCACGACCAGCCGGCGAAGCCCAAGGCGGACGCGAACCUCCAAUUCAAGACGUUCAACAGCUUCAGCACACGCAGCAGCUACGUGGAGUACGUGCAACAAGUGCUGCGGCCUGGUAUGCGGGUGCGCAUGCGGGAGGACUACGAGGAGGUGAACGCCGGUGACCAGGGCGAGUUCAAGCAGUCCAACGAUGGCAGGCCGCCUGUGCAGGUGCUUUGGGAUUCAAUGAAUAGGACUUUCUGGGUGUACUGGCACAUGAUAGAAAUCAUGUCCGAACAGUCAGCCAUGGCACAGCCCAAGCUGAACCUUGAAAAAUCGCCCGAGUUCAUCGGAACCAUGAAGCCGGAUCCCGAGAGCCAGAGCAGACCCCUUGGCAGCUUCUACUUGCUGCCCUAUCUGUCUGAGGGUACGGGGGAACAUGACUCAGUGCUGAGCCGAAACCACUGGUGGGAGCUCCUCUUCUUCCUCAAGAAGUUGGAGGGCCCUCACCAAGCAGAAGCGUGUGACAUCAUCUCAGCCACGGCUCAGCUGAAGGUCUCUUCACUGGAUGACAUUUCUCUGGUAUCAUUCCUCCCCAAGUCCGAACUGGCAUGCCAACUUCUUCAGCACCUCAUACACACCAACCCGCCUUUCAGGAAGGACUUGGAGAUGUCCCAGGUCUCCCAAAAAUUUGCACCCAAAAGCUCCUCACAGUUAACUGAUGACAACACCGCCUUUCAAAACACGGACAGCACUUUCAGCGAUAAAUUGUUGCAGUCCUCUCCAGUCGACAUCCCCGCUUUGUCAUCCUCCAAGAAAUCAAAAAAGGACGAGACAUCGCCAUCCAGCUCGUCGGCCUGUCAGAGCCACAGUAAGGGCGAGUCGGCGAAGCAAGGCGCGUCGCCUUGGACAGAAGACCUGGAGAAGGUGGAAGGAGUCGAGGAAAAACUGUGCCAGUUUGAGUCUGUCAAGUCCUCAACAAAGAAGACUUUCUUGGCCAAAGGGCAGGAUGUAUGGGAAAUCAUGAAGCAGUCGCAGACGGACGUGGCUCUGCACGUGGCCGGUCUGCAGACCAUGCAGCACAUACUUGAGGAGGACACCUCCAGCAACAAGAAACUGCCAACCAAGUUCGAGUCGGGGCAGUCAACGAAGGACAAGCUGCUCAACGCGCUGGUGGAAGAGAUGGACAAGUUUCAGAAGGAGAAGGUUGUGGUGCUCUCCGUGUUCAGGGUCAUUAUUGCGCUACUGCAGAAGGUGGACUACCGGAUGCUGUUCGCCAUCGACGGAGGGAUUCAGGCCCUGCUCAGCUGCAUGCAGCAGCAUGCCGAUGUUUUGGUCAUACAGCAGCUUGGUCUAGAGUGCUUGAGAGUGGUGAUACGCGCCGAGCAGUUCGUGCUCCCGGCCAAGAGGGGCAAGGCGCGCCUGGUCCCGGACGCGGACUGCCGCGUGAUUCGCGAAGUGGUGUCCAGCAUCGCGUCCGCUACGGAGGGCGAUUCGCCCGGCCUGCUCGCCACCAUCCCGGCCGCCAUCGAGCGAAUGCUGAGCACGCAGGGGUGCGGCGCGGCGGUGGUCGACGGCCUGCAGGUGGUCAUCAUGCUGAUGACCAACCACAAGAGCCUGGCGGAGCACCUGGCACGUGCCGGCCUGCAGCGCGUGCUCUACCAGUGCCUGGCCAACGCUGGCGGCGCUGCGGGCGGCACUGCGGGCGACGCUUCGCUCUCGGCGUCUGGUGCGGCACGAUCCCAGCAGCAGCAGCAGCAGCAACAGUCCGUGCUGGUGGUCACCGCGCUGGGCAUGCUCACCGAAUUCGAUCUCGUCUCGGAGGACUCGGCCAGCGAGCAAUCGGUGGUGAACUGGAAAGACGUGGAGCUGCGCACGAUCCUGGCGAGCCUGCGCAAAGGCGUCCUGAGCAAGGAGCUCGUGCUGUCUCUGGAGCGCUGGAUGAACAGCGCGUUGCUGGAGCCGCAGCUGACCAGCAUCGUCAAUGACCUUGACAUCUUCAAGGCCCUGGUGCAAGCGCUGGACAAGCUCCGGUCGGAGAAGGUGGUGCAGCUCGCCGUAGUCCGGAUGUUGACCAUCUUCCUCGAGAAGAGGAAAGGAGAUUCUUUGCCAUGGCACGAAGCACUGGUGCCUUUCCUGUCCGUGAUCGGAAUGCAGACCGUCGUUAAGGAGGUCCAGCAGGAGUUUGUGCGAUUCAUGUACCGGCUGGCGUCGGAGAACAAGGACUACGCAAUCGUGAUGUGCCGUGUGGGAGGUCGCGAGGCCAUCACACGGGCUUUGGACAAGCAUGGGCCAGGGUUGCUUCUGGGAGCCGAGCUGCGCGACCUGGUCGCCGACUGUGAGAAAUACGCUAAGCUCUACAAACAGCUCACCACCAGCAUCCUGGCCGGCUGCAUACAGAUGGUUCUUGGUCAGAUUGAGGAAUCCCGUCGAACUCAGCAGCCAAUCAGCAUCCCGUUUUUUAAUAUUUUUCUACGCAACAUUUGCCAAGGCUCGAAUGUUGAGGUGAAGGAAGACAAGUGUUGGGAGAAGGUGGAGGUGUCCUCCAACGAGCACCGUGUUAGCAAGCUGCUGGAUGGCAACCCCAAGACCUACUGGGAGUCCAACGGCAGCACUGGCUCGCACUUUAUUACCAUCACCAUGCUGAAGGGCGUCAUUAUCAGGAAGCUGUCCCUGCUGGUCGCGAGCGAGGAUUCGAGCUACAUGCCGGCGCGCAUAGUGGCCAUGGGAGGUGAUGACCCAAACAACAUCAACACGGAGCUCAACGCCGUGAACGUGCCGUCUUCGGCGAGCAAGGUGGUGUUGUUGGAGAACAUGACCAGGUUCUGGCCCAUCAUCCAGAUCCGCGUCAAGAGAUGCCAACAGGGAGGCAUAGACACGCGCGUACACGGGUUCGAGAUCCUGGGCCCCAAGCCGACGUUCUGGCCCGUGUUUCGCGAGCAGCUGUGCCGCCGCACGUGCUUGUUCUACACGGUGAAGGCCCACGCCUGGACGGAGGCCGUGCGGCUCAACCGACUGCACAUGCUGCAACUCUACAACAAGCUGGGUGCUGUCCUUCGCCACGAGCAGAGCUUCACCGAGCAGUUCCUGCCGGACCCAGAGGCGGCGCAGGCCCUGGGUCAGACCUGCUGGGAGGCGCUGGUUACUCCCAUUGUCAGCAGCAUCACGGCUGAAGGCUCCGGCGAACAGGCCAGCCCGUUUCGCUGGCUGCUACAGGAGUACCUGUCGCAGAACGAGCAGCACCGGCGCGCCGGCCGCGGCAAGGCCCUGGUGUUCGCGUCGCGCGUACGCCGCCUGUGCCGCCUGCUGGUGCACGCCAACACCAACCCCAUCGCCAGUACCGACAUCCACGUGCCCGCCAAGCCCACAGGUGCAAAGGGGGCUCAGACCAAAGACAAAGACUUUGAGUUUGACGAAGCUAGCGCUGAUGCCAAAAGGCACAACAGCGUUGCCCCGCUCGCCGCUUGCUGGGCCUCGGUCGUCCAGGCGCAGGUUUCCACAUUUCUGAGCGCCCACUGGAACAAUGCCGAGUUUGCGGAGAAGUACGGCGCGCAGUUCUCCCAGCUGAGCGCGGCAUCGCGCGAGCUGUUCGGCAACCACGUGGCAUUCGCCGUGGCACUGCGGGAGGGCUUCAGGUCGGCGCUGCUGCAGCUGUCGCACAACCGUGCCCUCAAGGUCUGUGAGAUAUUUGCGCAGUACACAGACCGACUGAUCCGUGCCAUAGGCUCCGAGGGCACUGGUGGCGACCCCUUCAGCCAGCUCAAGACCACACUUGAGCCCAUCGUUUUUCUAUCUGGACUGGAGAUGGCCAGCACGUUCGAGCACUUUUACAGGUUCUACCUUGCGGAACGCCUGCUGACGCUGGGCCCCCACUACGCGGAGGUGGAGGCCGUGAUGGAGCUGGCUCUCUGCUUCCCGGCCAAGUUCCCCCAGCGCCUGCUCCAAGACGUCGCCGAGUCCACCAGCGCCAUGACCGACUUCCAGCAGCACCAGCUGGAGCAGUUCGACCGCCGCAUGGCCGCGCUGUCCGACGAGGUGCCCUCUCGCGCCCUCGGUGACUGCGAAUUCAAUAAGGAGGAAAUGGAAGAGGAUGAGCGGGAGGACGAGGUGGACCCAGACAACUGCGCAGGGCUGCGGGCGAUGGUGCUGUCUCCUGCGUGCUGGGCGAGCAUAAUCCAGCCGAGUUGCAGCCUCAGCAACCCGGCCGCGACCCUCCCACAUGCCCUGCAGUACUUCCUCCACCACUAUGAACAGUUCUUCACUGACAGCCAGAAGACGCUGGCUGCAUUCCAGCAGCAGCCCAAGCGGUUGCAGUGGACUUGGCUGGGCCACGCAGAGCUCCAGACACCUAGCGGGACGCUGCUGCAGGUUACCACGCUCCAGAUGUACAUCCUGCUGCAGUUCAACGAUGGCAACGAGGUGUCCAUUGAGAAGAUACAGAAGGACACCCACGUGACAUCGUACCUGCUCAAGCAGUGCCUCCAGGCUUUGGCCGAUGCCCCCUUUCUACAAUUGCUCGGAUCGCUGGAUGGCGACAGCCUGAAGGGUUCCCUGAAGUUGCUUGAGGAGGCGCUGCAGGCUCUGCCGCGGCGGGAACGGCUGAGCCUGCUGCCCUCGCCGUGCUACUCGAGCAGCGAGCAGCUGGUGACGCGCGCCCUCGAGAAGCGCAGGAACGUCAUCUCGUGCGCUGUCGUGCACCUACUCAAGCGGGAGAAGCAGCUCCACUUCGACAACCUCGUGUUCAGAGUGGUGAACGCUUGUCAGAAGGGGCGUCUGGGCGGGCGGCCCGUGCCGCGCUUCGUGUGCGGCGUGGCGGACGUGAGCUGGUGCGUGGAGCGUCUCCUGCGUCAGGGCUACGUGUCAUUCCGCGACGACAUGCCCCACAUCCUGCGGCACACGUCCGACACCGACUCUGCCAACUCCACCAACCGGCGCACUUUCUGCAACUGGCUUUCUCUGGAGCCCAGCAAGGACUCAGAAAGCGGCGUGGCAGCGGCGGACGAGAGGGAGUGCGGGCGGCCCUUGUCAUCACUGGCUUCGUCGGCGAGCCCCGUGCGCACACGCACGCUCACGCCGGCCGAGGUUUGGCCGCUCAUGGAGGAUGCGACGCGCCAGCUGGUGGACGUGCUGGGCAUGGAGGCGGGCGUGGCCGAGCACCUGCUCGUGCACUGUGGCUGGAACGUGGACGAGGCGGUGCAGCAGUACCUGGACUCGCGCGACAAGCUGCUCUCCGAGGCCGGUAUCGAGGGCCCGCCGGCACGCGACCCCACCGACGGCGCCGCCGCCGACCAGCAGCCCACGUGCCCCAUUUGCCUGGGCGUGACCGGGGAGGUGGAGCUGCUGGCACCGUUGUACUGCACGCACCGCUGCUGCAAGUCAUGCUGGAGAGCCUAUCUGAAGACCAGCAUCGAUCAGAACAUGCUCGCCAAGUGCACCUGCCCCAUCAUGGACUGCCCCGCACAGCCCACGGGCGCCUUCAUCAGGACAAUGAUGGAGGACGACAGUGACCGUCUGGAGUUGUACAAGCGGGCGCUGCUGCGGGGCUACGUGGAGAGCUGCUCGAACCUGGCGUGGUGCGCCAACCCGCAGGGCUGCGACCGCGUGCUCUGCAAGGACGGCACGGGCGGGCACGCCGCCACCUGCGCCAAGUGCCACUGGAGCACCUGCUUCUCUUGCAGCUUCUUGGAGGCUCACUGCCCCGCGAGCUGCAACCAGAUCGCGUGGUGGGUGGACGAGGGUGGCUACUACGAGGGCAUGAGCUCGGACGCGCUCAGCAAACACCUGGCCAAGCUCAUCUCCAAGCCCUGCCCCAGCUGCCACGCACAGAUCGAGAAAAACGAGGGCUGCCUACACAUGACCUGUGCCAAGUGUAACCACAGCUUCUGUUGGCGGUGCCUCAAGGCGUGGGCCCCGACACACACCGAGUACUACAACUGCUCCACCACGGUGAGCAAGGCAGCCAAGAGGGAAAAGCAGUUCCAGGAGUACAACGAGAUGUGCAUAUUCUACCACCAGGCGAAAGAUUUUGCACUGAAGAUGAAGAGCCGGGUGGAGUCACUGGACCAGACGAUUCCUGGGCGUACGGUUAUGUUUGUGUUAGAUGCCUGCGAGGCCCUGGCUAAAGCUCAAAAGACUCUGGCGUACAGCAGCGUGUACAAGUAUUACAGCCAGGACACGACGAAGCUGGGCUUUCUGGAGCAGCAGACGGACAACCUAGAGACACACGCUGGGGCACUGCAAGCCCUGCUCGAGGAGACAGUGCUGCAAGGCUCGGACCUGGCGUCGGCCGUGCGUGCGCUCCGCUCCCAGCACAUGCAGCACGGCUUGCAGCUCAUCGGAAUGAUCCACGAACGCCUGGGAACGCUGCUUGGUGGCUCUAUGCAGGACUUCCAGGUGGGAAUGGCGCAGUCUGCCACCCUACAGGACACAGAAGGAGUGGUGAAGCUAUCAACCAAAGACCCGAUGCCGCGAAGGAGCUCCGAUGAGAACAUGGACGAGGACGGAGAGGAUUACCCCUGGGAGGCCGGUGGCGCGUCGCUGUUUUCGCGAUUCCACAACGGCAAGGAGAACAACCGCCAAGACGACAUGGACGAGGAGCUGGACUCGGACGGAGAGACGGACGGCUCGGCGGGCAGCGGCAACAUGGACAGCGACCCCUGCUCCGGAGAUGACGACGAGUACGGCUGUACGCAAGGCUGAAAGCCCCCGGCUUUCUCACGCGCGGCAACAAAUCGCGCGCGCCGUGCUUUGUCGUGCGUCCAAUCGUGCACCAGUAUUUGUGAUCUCGCUGGGGUCUUCAACGGGAUCAAAGUGUGCAGUUACGGCAAGCAAGCAAGAAUUGUACACGUCGGUUUUCUGUUGUAGAACAUUUUUGAUCAGAUAUUGUAAAUGAUCACCAAUGUUUGCAUUCUCUUUGGCUGUGACCCAUCCGUGCAGCCACAUUGGUUUCGUUGUAAAAGUGGCACUAUGUAUUUACCAUCAUGGUUACUCUGAACUUUGGGAAUAAUUGUCAUAAUGACCAUCAGGAUGACAAGAUAUUUGGUGUUUUCUUGGACAGUUUUCCAACGUUGAAAGAUUAUUUUGCGCCUCAUUUACAGAGCACAAAAACCUAACAACUUUAGCUGAUGUAAUUGUAACACUUUCAAAUUGGUUUUCCAUUAUGAGCAAUGGUUAAGGAUUUUGUAACGCUUACCAUAGUUACACUUUUUGCGAAUUAUGAUACAAUGACACCUUAAUCUGCUUCAGCUUCCUCCAUUAGUGAUUUUAAAUACAUUUGAAAUGCUUAUGAAUUACCAUGGCGUGUAUUUGAUAUGGCAAAUACAUUAUUACUGUUCAGACAUACCAUGUGACACUAAUUGUGUUUCCAAAAAAUAUAUAUAAAAAACAAAGUUGGUAUACAGAAGAUUUUCCUUUUGAUCAAAAAUAAAUAAUUAAAAGUUGAUGUGAUUAUUUCAUUGUGUGCAGUCAUAGCACAAAAAUAAAGAUGUGAUGUUUUGCACUUAACAAAUA